AUGGCUAUGGAAAAUGGUUCAGCAGUGAUGGAGUUUAUUCUUAUGGGAUUGACAGACCAACCUGAGCUCCAGCUGCCCCUAUUUUUCCUGUUCAUGGUGAACUAUAUUAUCACUGUGGGAGGGAAUUUGAGUUUAAUGAAUCUAAUUUACUUAAACUCACACCUUCAUACUCCCAUGUACUUCUUUCUGUUUAAUCUGUCCUUCAUUGAUUUAUGUUAUUCAUGUGUCUUUACUCCUAAACUGCUAAUGGGCUUUAUGUCAGAGAGGAGUAUCAUCUCCUACAAUGGAUGUAUGACACAACUAUUUUUCUUUUGCUUUUUUGUCAACUCUGAGUGCUAUGUGUUGACAGCUAUGGCCUAUGAUCGGUACGUGGCCAUCUGCCAGCCCCUGCAGUACAUGAUCCUCAUGUCUCCUAGGACUUGUUCUCUGCUAAUGUUUGGUUCAUACUUGAUGGGAUUCAUUGGUGCUAUAGUUCACACAGGGUGUAUGAUCAGGCUCAUCUUUUGUGAUUCCAAUAUCAUCCACCACUACAUGUGUGACAUUUUCCCCCUUCUCCAGCUCUCCUGCAGCAGCACCUAUGUUAAUGAGCUUGUGAGUUCUGUGGUUGUCAGUACAGUUAUUUUUUUAUCCAGCCUCAUUAUCUUAAUCUCAUAUGGCUUGAUUCUUUUUAAUGUCAUUCAUAUGUCCUCAGGGAAGGGUUGGGCCAAAGCUAUGAGCACCUGUGGUUCUCAUAUAAUCACUGUUGGUCUAUUUUAUGGGUCUGGGCUACUCACACAUAUCAAAACAUCCUCUGCCGAAACAGUUGUAGUGGGGAAGUUUUUCUCAGUGGUUUAUACACUGGUUGUGCCCGUGCUGAACCCCCUCAUUUACAGCCUCAGGAACAAGGAUGUCAAACUAGCAGUGAAGAGAACCUUGAAGAGAUUCAUAAAUUGA